CCAGCUGCUGUGAAGCUGUUCAAUUUCUGACAGCAUAAUUAUUGUGUUUUAUGAGUCACAUAGAUGUGAUGUGAUGUCGGAUAAGCGUCAGCGUGUCAGAGUCCAGGGCUCCUGGGCCAAACCACAGCCAAAACAACCAAGACCACCAAGACCUUCAGCUGCAGUCCCAAACAACAACCAACAACCCAAAAGUGCCAACCCAGCUCCUGGCUCCUGGGGAUUUGGUUCACAGAAGUCAACAUCGAAGUCUUUUGAGUUUCACCAGCCCACAAAGCCAGUUAGAGAUGUUCCACCAGAGAAGGUUAUAGAACAUGCAGGUGAUUAUGAGAUCAGCCAUGCACCAUCAGGAGUAUCUAGACUGCGGCUGCUGCCUGGGUUUCUCGCCCCAGAAGAGGCUGACUGGAUGUUCAGUAAGCUGCUAGCAGAGCUUCCCUGGUCCCAGAAGACUAACAUCAGACAGGGCGAGGCAUACGAGGAGCCCAGGCUGACCUGCUGGUAUGGAGAGUUGCCCUAUACGUACGCUCGCUCCACCAUGGCUGCAAACACUCAGUGGCAUCCAUUGCUGUUAACCAUUCGCCAAACAGUGGAACAGGUGAGCAGACACAGCUUCAACUCCCUGCUGUGUAACCUGUAUCGGGACGGGCACGACAGCAUCGGCUGGCACAGUGACGACGAGGCCGCCUUGGGUGCCAAGCCCACCAUCGCCUCCAUCAGUCUCGGCGACACCAGAGUGUUCAGCCUCCGCAAGCAGCCUCCACCGGAGGAGAAUGGUGACUACACCUACGUGGAGCGGAUUCGGGUUCCUCUGAGUCACGGGACACUGCUGCUGAUGGAAGGAGCCACACAGGAUGAUUGGCAGCAUCAAGUUGCUAAAGAGUACCAUGACCGAGGUCCACGCAUCAACCUGACCUUCAGAAAUAUCUACGCAGAGCCGGAGGGCCACAGGCCGGGGACUAAGCUGCGCUUCACAGCCGAGCAAUCAUAAACUCCCCUCAGAGGUACUUAGAGCUGAGGCAACUGUGUCAUACAGAUACUGCUACAUCUCAUGGUUGACUGAAGUUUGACAAAUGUUAGAACAUAGCAUGUGAGCUGUAUCGUCUUGCUCAGGGAGCUUAAACAAGUCUUUCAAACUCAUCACUGAGUUAAAGGCCACAGCAGGACGUAGAGCUUCCUCCAACUUUAACAGGGAGGUUUGCAGCUCCGCCUAAAAUUACCUGUUGCAUAAUUGAACCAUAAUAACAGCACACCCGUGACCAGUGGUGAUUAUCAGAUUUCAGUGUUGGGAGCCAAACAGAAGAAUGGAUGAUAAUAAGCGAUAAAAUGUCACAUUGUCUAUAUUUUUGUUUUCAGCACAGACAGUAAUGGUGCUCAUGCUCAUUUAAGACCAUAAUCUAAAAAAAAGUCUUCAGUCUGACUGUUUUUUACCUACAAAUCUCAGGACUCAUGUAUGUUGGUGGUGAAUAAAAUGAGUCCUGGAUGUGAAAAAGCAUUUCCUGAUCAACCAGCUAAGAGGUGAUGCUGGCUCAGACACUUCAACCCUCACUGCUCUCGUUGCCAUCACUAAAACAUUGUGUCAGUAUCAGACAUGACCCCUAUUUAGAUUGUUUUAGACAGGAUGUUAGUGGUUUGAAAAGUCAGUGUUUGCAUUUCAAUAUUUAUAUGUCAUGAAAAAGUGUCUUAAUGACACUCAGUGAAAUGUGCUGAGUACUCACUGUAUAGCACACAACACAGAGGUGCCUGUUUGUUAAAUGCCCAAAAAAGUUAAUGAUUUCCAGGCUGGUACGUCUUGGGCUGCUUUUUGGAGAGAGCAUAAAAAAAUGAAGAAACAAGUUAAGUGGCCACUUAGGCUAUUACAGCUCCAUUAGGCUGAAAUUACUUAAUUGUCAUGUUGAACAGGGUUUACCUGACCUGUUCCUGAAAGAGGCAGGGGUUUUUGUUGAGUUAUUUUUGUGCUAAAGCAUCUGAUUUGUCAAAAACCAGCAUCCAAACUGUUUUUGAAAUACUGUAAGAUUUUAUUUUAGUUUGUGUUGUUAAAAAAAAACA